CCUACACUCUUUCCUUUCUAAUGCAACCAAGAUAUUCAACAUAGGAGAAUACUUCUUCAAGCUCGGAGUUCCGUGACCAUUUCGGAAAUUCCACGCCUAUAGGGUAAAUUUGAAUAUUUGUAGGGUAAUUUAGAAUGGCAGCAAGUGUUGUCUGGAGCAGGGAAGAAGACAAGGCAUUCGAAAACGUGAUUGCGAUGCAUUGGAUGGAGGAGGAGGAAUCCGAAGACCAGUGGGAGAAGAUUUCUUCCAUGGUUCCUAGUAAAAGUGUUGAGGAAUUGAAGCAACACUAUGAAAUACUAGUGGAGGAUGUUACUGCAAUAGAGGCUGGUCAUGUGCCACUUCCUUGUUAUAAAGGAGAGGAACUUUCCUCCUCUACUAAAGAUCAUUUUCAUGGAGUUUCUACCGCUGCUAAUUCUGACAGGAGAUCGGAUUCCGGUUAUGGAAACGGGUUUUCGGGGUUAGCGGUUGACUCGAGUGGACAUGGAGGGGAAGGAAGUUCGAGGUCGGACCAAGAACGAAGGAAAGGAAUUCCAUGGACUGAAGAAGAGCAUAGGUUGUUUCUACUUGGUUUAGACAAGUUUGGGAAAGGAGAUUGGAAGAGCAUUUCGAGGAAAUUCGUGAUAUCGAGAACUCCGACACAGGUGGCUAGCCAUGCCCAAAAGUACUUCAUCCGUUUAAAUUCGAUGAACAGAGAUCGACGGCGAUCUAGCAUCCACGACAUCACGAGUGUCAACAAUGGGGAUACAUCUCAUCAAUCACCCAUCACUGGCCAACAGGGAAACGCAAACCUACCCGGCGGAGUAGCCCUGGGGCAAUCGGUGAAGCACAGGGCUCAGCCGCAUUUGCCUGGUUUAGGCAUGUAUGGAGCGCCGGUCGGAUGUCCGAUUGCUGCUCCGGGUCAUAUGGGAUCUGCUGUAGGAACUCCGAUUAUGCUUCCUCCAGGUCACCAUCCCCAAUCCCCUUCUUACAUUGUCCCUGUUGCUUAUCCAAUGGCUCCACCAACUAUGCACCAAUAAGUGUGAAUUUCAAUCAUGAAGGGUAACAUAACAAACUCUGUAUUUUUUGAACAUGAAGUAUGCAGAAGGAAUAAAG